AUGAGCGGUUCCGAAUUUGAGCUCUCACCAGGUUGUCGCAUCCUGGACAGAUUGAUACACUUUUCUAACUGCCAUCCUUUGAGACUGGAUGAAACUGAAGGCUUAUGGGAUCUUGAAAAAAUAGUGAGCUACCAGUUUGGUCGUUUUCUGUCGACUCUGAGUUUUUUUGGAAGCAAUAGAGCAUUGAUGUCUCCCUGGACCUUACAACUGUCUCUUAAAAUUCAGCUUCAAUUUACAGGGCCUGAUACCUUUAGCUCGAAGUCGCGGAACAUGGAUGCCAUCUACAGGUACAGAGUGACGAUUCUGCUGAACUUCGCUGCGUUUCAAUUAGUCAGUCUGUCUCAGUUUAACACAUUAGUGUACGAGCACAUUAUCCAAGAUGUGGAUCUGGAAAAAUUCAAAAAGUCGGCAUACAUCCACUUAAAAUCGGUUUUGCAAUCGCUAUCGAUCAGAGUAAAGGUUAGUCCUGUGUAA